UUUAACAACCGAAAUAACAAUCGACUAUGCCAUUGUGGAGCAAGCUUCAGACUAUAUAAAAGCGGGCACAGGGCAUGUCUUCAUAACAUCUUACUCAAGAUACGCGUUCUCUUGACUGCUGUUUGAGUCUAUUUUGACAAUGAAGGUAGGAACCAAUUUGGUCUCUUAAGAACAACGUUAAGUAAAUUGUACUUAAGAAUGUUUUAUUUGUUUUCCAUUAUGUGGUUUAUUUAUGAACAAUUUGAAUGUGAUCAUCUUUUCCUUCAGAUGCAACUAGUUCUUGCUUUGUUUGCCAUUAUGAUGCUUAUCUAUCAACAAUUUGAAUCUGAUAUUGUUUCCCUCCAGCUCCUCCUAGUCUUCGCUGUGCUGCUUCCAGCAGCUGUGCACUGUGUGAUGUUCCAGCCCCUGGACUGUGCCGAUAUCUACAAUGACGGCAAUGGCAGAAGUGGAGUCUACAGGAUCUUUCCAGAAGGCCCCAACUCUGGACGCUAUGUCUACUGUGACAUGGACGAAGCGGGAGGAAAAUGGACAGUGUUUCAGAGGAGAAUGGACGGCACAGUGAACUUCUACAGGGGAUGGCAAGAAUACAAGGAUGGCUUUGGCGAACCUGCAGGAGAGUACUGGCUGGGCCUUGAGACUAUCCACCUGCUGAAUCUGAAGAAGAAAUAUGAACUUAGAGUUGACCUGGAGGACUUCAAUGGAGCUACGGUUUCUGCCAGCUAUGACUCCUUCUCCAUCUCCCCUGAUGUCCUCAACGGUGAAGAAGAUGGAUACACGCUUCAUAUCAGCGGCUUCAGAAAUGGUGGAGCAGGGGACGCAAUGGCCCUUCACAAUGGACACAAGUUCUCCACAUUUGAUUGGGACCAAGAUGCGGCAGAGGAGAACUGUGCAUUGAUACGCGUGGCUGCAUUCUGGUUUGGAGACUGUAGCAACACCAACCCAAAUGGUGUAUACAUGUGGGGAGCUAAUGAUGCAAAAAGUGUCCAUUGGUACCAAUGGAAGGAAAACUAUGUAUCCCUGAAAUCAAUCUCUAUGAAAAUAAGACCAGUGCAGACCAAUGAGAGCUAAGGAGCAAGUGGUUUGAUAUUUGGUAUUUGCUCAGGAACAACAGAAAAGGCCAGCUAAUUACCUGUUAACUAUUACAGUGACAAGACAUCACCUCUGGUCCUUAUUCUAUUUGAUCAUAUUGCAAAAUUGUGAGCAAAUUUGCUAGUUUACACACAAGUUCCAUUCAAUCCACUUACUUGCUUCAUAUGUACUGUGUGUUCAGUGUAUAUUUGUAUUUCUACAUGAUUUGUGUACGUUAAUAAACUUUAUUAUUUUUUGAAAAUGA